UUCCUUCCGUGUACGGAGUAGUAUAUUAUAUACAGAGAAGAAGAAGAAAGAAGGAGAACAGUUGCGCAGUGUUUUCCCAAAGAGGAGUUGAAUCAGAAAAAACUGUUACUCAUCGCGAACGGUUUAGGAAACGCAAAGGCAAUUUGGAAGCUACUCUACUUUUCACAGAGAGAGAGAGAGAGAGAGAGAGGAUGUACCAUUCGUCAGCUCCACCGGCAGUUGCUUAUCCUUCAACGUCGUCGAUUAGUGGUAUUCAGGGCCAGCUUCUUGAAGUCACAGUGGUUAGUGGUACGAAAUUGAAGAACACCGAAUGGAUUUCAAGGCAAGAUCCCUACGUUUGCCUCGAGUACGGCAGCACCAAGUUCCGUACCCGUACAUGCACAGACGGGGGCAAAAACCCUACGUUCCAAGAGAAGUUCACGAUCUCGCUGAUUGAAGGGCUACGGGAACUGAAGAUCGUGGUUUGGAACAGCAACACCAUCAAUUUUGACGACUUCAUCGGCACCGGGAAUGUUCGGUUGCAGAAGGUUCUUUCCGAGGGGUACGACGACAGCUCUUGGCCACUUCAGAGUAAAUCCGGAAGGUCUUCCGGAGAAAUUAGACUCAUACUGCAUUACGCUAAUGCCAAGAAACCAGCAGCAAGCUAUGCUCCUUUAGCUCCACCAUAUCUUUCCCAAGCCGCUCCGUACUCUACACCACAGCCGCCACAUGUAGCCUCUUAUCCAUUGCCAGGCUCUGGCUACCCAGCACCAUCGCCGUACCCUUCACACCAGCCAAAUUCAGCAGCCCCAUACCCUAACCAUCAGUCAACUGCUUACCCUCCACCUUCGGCAUAUCCCCCUCCACCAUACCCACCACCUCCGGCAUAUCCCCCAUCACCAUAUCCGGAGUCUUCCUCGUAUAAUAGUCCAGGUGAUUCAUAUUUCUCCUCCCUACUUCUUUCUGCUUUAUAACAGCAGUUAUCAAUAAUUUUCUGAAGUUCUGUUUUUCUUUUCUAUCAGGUCCGUUCCCUGGCAUCUAUCGUCCACCACCAUACUGAGACCAAUAAAGCUUCUACAUGGCCGAAUUCAAGAAAUAGGAUUUGCAAUUGACAUGACUUUUGUCGUAGGUUUUGUUAUGAUGACAUUGCAUCCUUCCGCCCUAACAUCAGUAUUUCAGUUCUGUUCAUGGCAAUUUUCUAUGCUGUUAGUUAGAUGAAACUGUUGAUAUGUUGUAUAUCAAUAUGUUCUUCUAACACGAGUGCUUGUUCAUUGGUUGUUUUAUUUGUUCUUUGGUCAGAAGUCGUUCUAUGUGGACUUUACUCUUAAGGUGUGUUAAUAUUGAGUGUUGGACUCAUUGUAAUAAGCAAGCACUGUUAUUUUAUUUGAGGAAAUAUGUGAUAAAACUAUUUGUGCACUCA